CCAAACUACUCCUCAAGCCAAGUCUCACAGGAAACAUCGCGAGAUUGGUGUCGCUUGGUAACUGUACAUAACACAGCUUACAUGGAGAGGUCUGAGCGACAAACGACUCAGCUCAUCGCCAACCAGCCAUACGACGAGACUCUGGAUAUCAACGACUCAGAAGAGGUGGCCAGUUUGUACACACCUACUCCACGGCAAGCAGUCUUUAGGAACACAAGCCGACAGCAGCUGAAUACCAUGGCCAAAAGUGGCAGUGAUGAGUUUGAAGAUGGGACUAAGAGGGAGAGAGAACCAAAAAAGAAACUUCCACGUGAAGCAAGUGAAAAUAAUGAUGAAGAGGAAGAGGAGGAUGAUGAGGACGAGGACGAUUCUGAUGAAACGGAAUCGGAUGAAGAUGACGGGGAGCCAGGUUCAGCUCCAGAAGGGGCAUAUGAUCCGGCAGAUUAUGACCACCUUCGUGUCACGUCAGAUAUCAAAGAACUUUUCCAGUACAUAACACGAUACACACCACAGACCAUUGAAUUGGACCAUAAGCUGAAGCCCUUUAUUCCUGACUUCAUUCCAGCCGUAGGCGACAUUGAUGCUUUCCUCAAAGUUCCUCGGCCGGACGGGAAGGCGGACGGUCUGGGCCUGCUUGUGUUGGAUGAACCAUGUGCUAAGCAAUCUGACCCCACUGUGCUCUCCCUGUGGCUUUCUGAGAACAGUAAACAACACAACGUUGCUGAAGUGAAAGUGAAGAGUAUUGAGAACCCACAGAAGAACCCAAAAGCUGUAGAUAACUGGAUAGAGAGCAUCAGUGAACUACAUCGCUCCAAACCACCAGCUACUGUACACUACACCAGACCCAUGCCAGACAUCGAUACACUGAUGCAGGAGUGGCCACCUGAGUUUGAGGAGCUUUUGGGCAAGGUGAACCUCCCCACAGCAGAUAUUAACUGUGACCUUGCAGAGUACAUUGACAUAAUUUGUGGUAUCUUGGACAUUCCAGUGUACAAGAACCGAAUACAGUCUCUCCAUGUCCUGUUCACACUCUAUUCUGAAUUCAAAAACUCACAGCACUUUAAGAACUUGGCAGAGGGUCGCAAGUCCAACAUGUCAUCCGCUCAACAUAUUGCUACUGCAGAAGCUGAAACAUUCAUUUUAGAGUGAUCUUUCUCUCUGUCUCUCUCGCUCUUUUGCUCUCUCUUUCUCUGUAUCUCUUCUUGUCUGUCUCUCUCUCUCUCUCUCUCUCUCUCUCUCUCUCUCUGACGCGCACACACACACAUGUGAACCCACAGAGACCAUCCGAAAGUGCUGUUAAGUCUCUGAAGCCACUCCACCCCCACUCCUCCCAUUACAAGUGGCAGCAGCAUCAAUUUCAUUUCUCUGCAGUCUGUAAUUUUUUAUUAAGAAAAUGUCUGUAUAUUUGACCUUUUUACCAAAUGCAUGUAUAGCUACAGCUAUUUCUUUAUGCUGUGGUAUUUCCAAAUAAAGAGUUUUCCCCCUCAGAUGCAGUGAUGCACUGUUGUUUCUUACUUCAUUGUCAGAUUUGUCUGUUUGAAACCACGUGGUGCUGACACCAUCUCACUUUCGCAAUGACUACGCUUAUAAGCGUCAGUACAUAGUGUGCUACUCUAGUAAGUAGUACUGAUACUAGAACGUUCAUUCCUAGUAUAGUACUUAGUGUUUAGCGGUAAAAUGCAUUUUGAAAGAUAGGAAGACAAAUUAAGAUUAUAUUUACAAUGCCAGGAGGUGACUUUUUCAUUGUCAUGCUUCUUCUUUGGACAUUUGUUGGCAGGGGGGUUGAUGGUGAGAGAGUAACAGGAGUGUUACACGGCCGAGUGGAGCUUCGAGGACGCUAUGGACACAGUCCAGAUGUGCACCGUGUGGAAUGGGCUAAAUAUCCAGAUAAACAUUCAACAAGGAAAUUGUUAUAUCUGUUUAAUAAUUCAAACAAUACUACAUGCCUAGAGCCCCGCCAAAAUAUUAAUUUUAAUUUACAGAAUAUGAGUCUUAUUUUGUUUAAUUUGACAACAGAAGAUGAAGGCAUUUAUGAGGAGAAAACCUCAUUUAAAAAUAACACCAUUAAAUAUUUUAAUGUCACGUUAUCUUUGCUGUGUGAGUAUCAUAUUUCACCUGUACUUCUUUUACUGCAUACGAUUAAGAUUCUUGGCAGCUGGCUUGUCUAUUAUAAAGAUACUUUUGUAUUUUGAUUAUGUCUUCGGGUCCAGCUUCUCCAGUUGCAUCAAACAUCACUGUGUCUUCUUCUCCUGGCUCUCUGACCCUGAAGUGUGAGAUCAAUGGGGAGUUUAAGCUGCUGCAAUGGUUCAGAAAUGGCCUUCCACUGCUAGAUGACCAGAGAUUCUCCCUCACUGACAACAACAAGACCAUGCAGGUGUCCAACCUGACCAGUUCAGACUGUGGCACAUAUACCUGUCAAGUUUCAAAUGAAAAUGGAAAAUCAGAGGCGCAAAUCGACAUCAGCGGUACAAUGAUUAGCUUUUGUCCGAACAGCAGUGGUGGUAAAUUUCUUGCUCUUAUUGAACCCGUACUGUUCCCUGCUGGAUUCUCACUCAUCGGUCUGCUGGUUUUGUGCAUCAUUUUAAUUUUAAUCUGCAAAUAUUAUGGUCGUAGGAAAAUAAAAACUGCUUCAACAGAAGAACCUGUCUACAACGAGCCCACAUUUGUUCAGGAAGAAGCUGCCGCUCCGACUGUGGACCCUUUGUUAAUUAUUUAUCAAGACUUCAUAAAGCCAAAAGAUUCCCAUCAGUCUGAUCAGUCUGAAGACUUUGGCUACUCCACCAUCACAGAUGUUCGAGGCAACAUGCAGCCCUCAGAAGCCACAUGAGUGCCAAGCUACAAGUAUGAAACAUGACCAUCACCCUGUGUUAAUUUGUACUGUAUAUAAAUUUGAGCUGUGAAUUGCAUCUUCUCUGUGUGAACCCACAGUGAUGCAGAAAGGAUCAUAAUUUUUUUGGAGAACAAGGCAAAAGAAUAAUGCAGUUUCCUUGUAUGUAACAUAUUCUAUGAAUAUUUGGAGGCUUGAAGAGGCUUGGACGAGUUUCUCUGGUUUGUGUAACAUGACCAGAAGACAUAAAUGUAUUUCAGAGUAAAAAUCUUAAAUUAAUAAUUUCUUUUGUUUUUGUGAUUUACAAAUGUAGAAUUUUCAAAGGAUUGUGGUUGUACGAACUAACUGCAGUUUCUUAUUUAUCAUGUAGCACAUGCAUUUACUGAGUUUAAAUAAAUCCAUGCAGUAGCUGCUGAAGUUUUUUUUUAAAUCUAUUCUCAGUGUAUUUUUGUCACUCGUGUAGUCCUUGCCGCAUGGUAUUCACAGGCCAGUGGAAAUAGGCCGCUUCGGCAGCGUAGGACUUCCAUUUACUCAUCUGCAGACAACUUUGUGAUCCCUGCACGACAUGUAAGGACCCCAGUCAGUGCUCCCAUGCCUCUGACCAGUCACUAUAUUCCAGUGUUGUGAUGGAGCAGGUGUUCCACUGGAUAUAUUGGACCCUUUUCUCAGCACUGGCGUCGGCAAACACGACACCCUUGUGGCCAUGGACUUCUUCACAAAGUGGCCUGAAGCAUAUCCCUGGUCAGUAAUCCACUUCAUUUCAAAAUAACUGGGCAAGGAAAUGACCUGCCGGUUUGGGGAGCCACAGGAGCUGCACAAUGAUGAGCUGUACAAUUUGUAUCCUUCCUUAUGGACAAGUGUGCCAUUCCUUGGCGAUUACAGUAACACACACCACCUCCUGUCACCUUCAGUGCAAUGGCUAUAUAAAUGAAACUGUAACAAAUAAUUUCUGACAUGAUUGGGGUCAUCACAUCCGUCCACAUAUUGAUUCUGGCACAAGUUUUACUCUUUAUGACCAGUAUAAUGAGUAUACUAUAUUAUAUGAGAUUAAUCAUUAAAUCAGUUUCAACUGCA